AUGACAAAAAAUAUCAUUGUUAUUGGUCGCACCGGUAGCGGAAAGUCUACUUUGGCUAACGUUUUAACUAAUACAAGCAUAUUUAAGGAAGGCUCAUACGGUUCCAGCGAAACUGAAAAUUGUCAAGUAGGCAAAGUGCUUUCUGAAAUAGAAAAGGUAAUUAAGUCAGUAAAAGAAUUAAGUAAAGUUCUCCUAGUUGUUGAUAACAACAGUUUUACUGAGGGAGAAAAAGAAAUUUUUAAAUUAUUAGAAAGUGUACUUGGAAAUGAGAUUGACAAGUACACUACCAUAGUUCGCACUAAUUUUGUUAACUUUGAGGAUGAGAAUAGUUGUGCUGAAGACAGUAAAUUUUUAAUUGAAGAAAUUACAAAAUUUUCCAUUUCAUUUACUUCUUGCAAAGUUAUUCAUAUGGAUAACCCUUCAAUAAACAUUAGCGAAAGUAGCAAAAAUGCAGAGAAAUUAAUUAAUCUCAACAAACAGACUCGUGAAGAAUCUAGAAAAAAAUUAUUGGAGAACCUAAAGGAGGAGAGAUGCCAAAUUGCAAUGGAAGAAAAUGAAAGAUUUGAAACAAUUGAAUCACCUACAGAAGAAAUUGGAAAAGGCAAACUUAAAUGCCAAAUUUUGUAA